GUGGCCAGCUUAGUGGCGCCUUUGUGAGCGCGCAAGUAGCCAAGAAUUAUUGUGCAUGUAAUCAUACAGGUAUUAGUCAAAGCAUGUGCAAAUAUGAGAAUGCACUGCAGCGUCCGAGCGCAGCAAGCAGCAGCACUACUGCUUGUUUGCUUGGCCCAUUGCGCAUUUCGCUCGGCUGUGAGCUCUGGAGUAUUUACCCUAACAGGAUGCACCCAGAACACGGUCAAGCUGGGGAACGGGGUCCUCAUUCAACGUGUUGACUGCCCCGCCGUCGCUGAAGCUGACGCGGCGCCGGACUCGCGUGCUGUGGAUACGACGUCUCAUGAAGCGGGCGCCGUAGCCGCCAGCAGGCACACGGCGCGCACGGCAGAUGCCACAGCGCUGUUGGCCGGGGCCGAGGGAAGUGCCUGCGAGCAGCAGGGCUGGUCAAUCUCCUCUUGGGUACUCAGCGGCAGUAGUGGCAGUAGCAGUAGCAGGGCGACGGCAGUAGUACCAGACAGCACCGCGAACCCCCAGCAGCAGCAAGAAGGGCCCGCGGAAGCUGCGGAGGCCUUCCCGGAGGGCGUCACGGUGUGUGGCGGCGCAUUGCUGCCGACGCCCCAGCAAGAGCUGGAUGGCGCCAGCCAUGGCGGCAGUGGAGGCAGCACUGCCGCCGCUACUCGCUCCUCUGGCGUCGCAGCAGGAGGUGGUGGGGAUGGCGGCUCGGCGGGUGCGCCGACUGCACAGUUGCUGCAGCGGCUGCGCGCCGAUCAGGCUGACCCCAAAGCCGGCUUCCGGCGGUGGUGCGAGCAGUACGGCAAGACGUACGACGCGGAAGACGGCGGGCUGGGAUCUGCCGUAUUCUCGGCGUUCGUGUCCGCGGUUCGUGAGGCCCUGGCGCACAACAGCGACCCAGCCGCCACCUACCUGAUGGACACCACCAGCAUGUUGGACUUCCACGUCCUAGCGGCUUGGCGCGGCGGCGGCGGUGCGGCCAGCGGCGCCGGGGGCGGCGGCGGCAGCGAGUCAGUGGCGGCGGCGGCGGGACAGCAGCAGGUGCAAGACGAGGCGGCGGCGGCGGCGGCGCAUCAUGACCGCCGCGAGAUGCUGCUGCAGGGCCCCGCCAGCCGGCCGGCGAAGCGGCGGCCUGCCACCGCCAAGAAUAACAAGAAGAAAAAGGCCAAGGCCCCGCCGCUGCCGCCCUCUCCUCCACGCCCCCCGCGGCCGCCGCCUCCACGCUCCUCGCCGCCAUCUCCUCCUCCGCCUCCACCCCCGCGGCCACCUCCCCCGCCGGGCUCGCAGCCAAACAACAAUAACAACCAGGACAACAACCUGGGCCGGGCCUCCGCUUCAGGUUUCAUCGCCGCCUCCAGUUCUCGGUUUUUCUCCUACACAGCCGUUGAUCCGGACAUGCCCUCCCAGCAGUGCCCGGACGCCGUUGACAACCGCCGCUUCCUGCCGCCCAUCGAGAACCAGGGAUCGUGCGGCUGCUGCUGGGCGUUCGGCGCCACCGCCGCCAUCGAGGCCGCGGUGGGCAAACUGCUGGACACCCAGUCCUUCUCGCUCAGCAAGCAACAGCUCAUCGAUUGCGAGACCUGGUCCCACGGCUGCAAUGGCGGGCGCGCCGAGCCGUCCUUCACCUACGCCACUCAGCAAGGCCUGUACAGCACCGCGCAGUACCCGUUCACGGGGCUGGGCAUCGCGCCCGGUCCCGCCGCCUGCCGCACGUCGUCGCGCGACGGCAUCCGCCUGCGCGGCUACGUGGGCCUGGUGACGACCGAAAGUGCAAUGUUCAAGGCGCUGUGCUCGGGCGUUCCCGCGCUGACCGUGAUCGUGAACGCCUGCCCGGUGUUUGCGCGCUACUCGGGCGGCGUGUUCAACACGGACUGCCCCGAAGAGCAGCAGGGCUACCUGCGCCAAGUGGCACUGGUGGGGUACGGCACGGACGCCGCCAGCGGUAUGCCGUACUGGCUCAUCCGCAACAGCUGGGGCACGUGGUGGGGCGAGACCGGCUACGUCCGUAUUCAGCGCGGCCGUGGUCUGGUGGGGCUGCUGUCCGACAACGCGCUGUACCCCUUGAUUGACGCCCCCAACUCCCAACUGCCACUGGGUGACGGAGGCGUGACUCUGGGCCCCUGCGCCACCAACCGCGGCUGGAUAGCUGCGUCCAGCACCGCCGCCCUCGCGACGGACUGGGGCAAGUGGUGGGCGGUGGCAGUGGGCACGGGCUGCUCGCUGCACGCCUACGCGAGCAAUGCAGCAGACAGCGCGACGGCGGAGGCCGCGGCGCGCAGCGGGUGCCAGAAGGUCUACGCCGCCGCGGGCUUACUGGGCGGCGCGGACAACUGCAGGGUGUUGGCGUCCGGCCAGGCGGGCUGCAACGCCGAGGCCAUGUAUGCGGACAAAUUCAAGCUUGCCAAAUCCAUGGCCCUCAAUGCGUCGGCCUGGGGAACCUACUACUCCGUGGCCUGGACGUCCGACUGCGCGACCUCUGCCGCCGCACAGCCCACCGUCGCAUCCGGCGCCCCAACCGCGGCUGCUGCGGAGGCAGCGGCGGUGGCAGCCUGCAACCAAGUGGCUCGACAGGUGCCUGCGCUCACUGCAGCGGCCCCGUGCGGCCCCGUGUUCACGGCUCGUGCGGAGUGCGCCGACCCGCUCACACUACAGCGUGCGGAUCAGCAGGUUGCCGCAGUGGCGGCCGCGGUUGGGCCCAAGGGUCUGUGGGUGGUCCUCAUUGGCAGGGACUGCUCCAUCAACUCGUUUCAAGUGGACGCCUCGUCGGCGCAAUACUUCACCAUGCAGCAGCUGCUGUCCAUGGCUAUCAAAGAUUGCUGCUCCACCAGGUGCCCUGGCGCCCGGCCCGCGUGCGGCUUGUAUAAGAGCAGCAGCAGCUAGCUAGGGCCAGUGAACAUUGCAUGAGGCGCGCGCAGGCUUCAGUUUCAGUCAGUAUUUUGAGCCCCCAGCGCGCGGAAAAGGGUAUGGACAGCUGCGGGAUAUGGCAGUUGGGGCACGCGGUAUGUUACUGUAAUGUCACGAGUACCCAAAAUGUGUGUGAAGACAAUAGCCAUGUGCGACGCUGCGGGCUGCUCUUGUGAAUGCUUCAGCCGGGGCUCCUGAGGCUGAUAGCAGCAGUGAGCCCGGGGCCCGGGCUAGCUAUAUUGCAAACAUGCAUGUGGUUUCAAUCCAUAGAAAUGGUGACUUUGGUUGCAUUGAGGUGGAUAGGGAUGGCCGGCUCCCUGCCGGCAGGCCGGACUGCUCCGGAGCAUCAGGGCGUGUCGUUGGGGACAGGCGGGGUUUCGUCCCUGGGUUGGGCCAUUGGGGUCCUCGUCCAGGCGCACUUCACUACACCUUAUGUAAGUAAUGUCCUGAAGGCCUGCAGCCAUGCUGUUGUGAUCUAGGACAAGCAAGAGCAGAGGGGAUGAAAGAUGAGGUCCCGUGGUGAUGGCUGAAAUCCCGACCCGCAAAUCCCAUAAGGCUAGGCAGGGCAGAAGGCGCAGAACGCGUGCGCGCUUACAUCACCGAUGAUCGCGCUGGCUGGCUCAGAAAGUUUGCUGGUGCGCAGUCCUCACGCUCCUGUAAUGUCCUGAAGGC